CGUCUACCGUGAUCGCGAGCGCAUCCGCUCGAUUACUCCUGCCCACUCAGACGUCACCCAAUCGAGGUUGACCAUGGCUGACGACAACAUGGAUGUCGAUACUCCUGCAACCACCUCAGCACCGGUCAAGGCCAAGGCCAAGAAGGAAGAUGGCGGGAGUGGCAAGCAACGGUUCGAGGUGAAGAAGUGGAAUGCAGUGGCACUUUGGGCAUGGGACAUCGUCGUCGACAAUUGUGCCAUUUGCCGUAACCACAUCAUGGACCUUUGCAUCGAUUGCCAAGCGAAUCAGGUCUCCGCGACUUCGGAAGAGUGCAACGCGGCGUGGGGCAUCUGCAAUCACGCCUUCCAUUUCCAUUGCAUCUCGCGUUGGUUGAAGACGCGCAACGUUUGCCCGCUCGACAACCGCGAGUGGGAACUGCAGAAGUACGGCCGAUGAGCCACUCACCCAACUGUCGCCAUCGCCUUCAUCCUUGUCGCAAGUUGUAUCCUGUCUGUUCCGCGCUGCUGUAAUAUACGGAUCGUGUUCUGAUCUCGCAAUCUCAUAAAGUCGAAAAAGGAAGAUUCCC